AGAGACUGAUAAUUCCCUAAUACUUUUGUUCUUUUUCGGAAAACAUACUCUCAAACUCCUAAAAUGCGCACAUAAAUAAUACUUACUACUAAAAUAUCACGACCCUAUCUCUCCUUUAUUGGGCUCUGUGUACCCUCCGGCGUACAAAAGCAACCCCUCACCCUCCUCCACUAUCAUACUCUCAUUUCAGUUCUCUUCUCUCAAACACACCAAAAGAAUCACAGUUAGUUGUUGAAAAAACUCAAAGAGGAAAAGAAAAUCAAAAUGUCCUUCCAAAUCCUCUUCAUCUCCCUUCUCAUUUUCCAUGAAUCCAUCUUGUUAAUCAAAUCUCUACCGAUAAUUCCUCAACCAGACUCAUCAUCAGUAUCAUCAUCUCCAAUUCAAUCAUUCCAUCCAACCCAAACUCUGCCAUCAACAAUCCCAGCAUUUCCUGAACAAUCAAACAUAGCUGGUUGUCCAUUAAACUUACCAGCAGAACUCUUCACUAGUAUCAAUCAAGCUUGUAACAGUAAUAAUGUGAAAGGGAAAGAUAAUCAUCAUCAUUACUUAUCAAAAUCAAAAUGUUGUCCUGUUUUAGCAGCUUGGCUUUACUCAGCUUAUUCAGAUACAGCUUUAGCUAGAGCUACCAGAAUGACUACAACAACAUCAGUUGAUUCUUUACCAAUCUUACCUGAUGAUUCAGAAACUUGUGUUGAUAAUCUAGAUAAAGCGCUGAAAAGUAAAGGAAUUGAGUUGAUUAAACCUAAUCAAACUUGUGAUUUGGUUUUUUGUUAUUGUGGUAUUAGACUACCUCCUUUGAGCUGCACUGAAGCCUUUUCAUCUUCUUCUACUAAUGGGGUUACUAAAUUGGUUGGUGAUAAAAGUGUUCAGAAGCUUGAGAAAGAUUGCUUAAACCACAACAACAACAAUGGAGCUGGUAUUUCAUCUAGUCAUUCUGGUUGUUCUAAAUGCUUAAACAGUCUAUACAAGCUAAACGGAGAUAAGCAUGUGAACAAGACGGAUAAUAAUAAGAGUAAAAUGCACGGUAGAGGUUGCGAGUUGAUGGGACUAACAUGGCUGCUUGGGAAGAAUCGAACGGCGUAUAUGCCAACAGUGACAUCAGUUUUAAGAGCUUUGAUGAUGAAUAAGGAGAAUGCGGAACCUCGAUCUUGCAGUGUUACAAGUGAAGGACUGCCCUUAGCCGUUGAUUCAGCUGAGUUGAAUGAUCAGUCAUCGUCCAUUAGAUUUUCCAUUAAUGUUUUAAUCAUUGUAUCAAUGUCUUUGGUUUAUGUUUUUUCACUGUUUUAGUUUUUUUUUUUUUUUUUGUCACGGAUAUGUAAUAUACUAUGGGUUGGUUGUGUGAUAGAAAUGGGAAAUUGUCGACAAUUUUGUUUUUUCUUUUGAUCGGAAAAUUGUCGACAAUUUUGUUAGAGUCGAGGGUCCACUAACAUGUGCAAUGUAGCUUAGGAUUGUAGGCUAGUACUAGUUUGGGUUUGUUGUGAUGCAUUUUUUCGAAGUGAAUUAUUCAUUGUUGUCUGUU